AUGGCGAGCAGCUCUGAUCCCCCAAAGCAAUACGGAAUAACCAAGCCGUUAUCGUUGCUUGGGCCAGUGGAGGCGGAUCUCCAGAGGACGGCGGAGUUGGAGAAGUUCUUGGUAGAGGUGGGCCUAUAUGAGAGCCCCAAGGAGUCUGCUAAGCGGGAGGAGGUGCCGGGGCAGCUUGACCGGAUUGUGAAAUCCUGGGUGAAGCAAUUGACUAGUCAGAGAGGAUAUACCGAUCAGACGGUUGAAGAUGCAAAUGCCGUACUAUUCACCUGUGGCUCAUAUCGUCUAGGGGUUCAUGGACCUGGGGCUGGUAUUGAUACUCUUUGUGUUGGACCUUCAUAUGUGAAUCGUCAGGAUUUGUCUGCAGGAAGAUUUUUUUUUAUCGUACUGCAUGAGAUAUUAGCACAAACAGAGGAUGUGACUGAGUUGCAACCUUUACCUGAUGCACAUGUCCCUGUUAUGAAAUGUAAGUUCCAUGGAACAUCAAUUGACCUUCUUUAUGCCAGUAUCUCCCUCCUAGUGGUACCAGCUGAUUUGGAUGUCUCUCAAGGAUCAGUGCUUUAUGAUGUCGAUGAAGCAACUGUCCGUAGUCUUAAUGGUUGCAGAGUAGCGGACCAAAUUCUUAGACUUGUUCCAAAUAUUGAGAAUUUCCGCAUGACAUUAAGAUGUUUGAAGUACUGGGCAAAAAGAAGAGGUAUUUACUCAAACGUUACUGGUUUUCUUGAUGGUGUCAACUGGGCUUUGCUGGUUGCACGUGUCUGCCAGCUCUAUCCUUAUUCUGUUCCAAGUAUGUUGGUCUCACGAUUCUACAAGGUUUUUUCCCAGUGGCGGUGGCCAAAUUCGGUUAUGCUUUGUUCCAUAGAGGAUGAACUUGGUUUCCCUGUUUGGGAUCCACGCAAAAAUCCUCGAGAUAGAUCUCAUCAUAUGCCAAUAAUAACCCCUGCAUAUCCGUGCAUGAACUCCAGCUCUAAUGUUUCGACAAGCACACUUAGGGUUAUGAUGGAACAAUUUCAGUUUGGUAAUAAAAUUUGCCAGGAAAUUGAAAUGAAUAAGCCCUUUCAAUUUUCCGAAGUGUACAAGAAUUAUCUGCAGGUUGAUAUCAUCGCCCAGGAUGAUGAAGACCUUAGACUUUGGAAGGGAUGGGUGGAAUCUCGACUACGGCAGCUAACUUUGAAGAUUGAACGUGAUACAUAUGAAAUGCUGCAGUGUCAUCCAUACCCACAUGAGUAUGCAGAUCCUUCUAGACAGUGUGCUCAUCGUGCUUUCUUCAUGGGCUUAUCGAGGAAAGAAGGUGUGAAAAUACAGGAAGGUCAACAGUUUGAUGUUCGUGGAACAGUAGAUGAGUUUAGGCAUGAAACCAACUUGUAUAUGUUCUGGAAGCCUGGGAUGGAACUAGCUGUUUCUCAUGUUAGGAGGAAGCAGAUCCCAGCUUAUGUAUUUCCAGAGAGUUUUAGCAUAGGAGACCCGCUCAAUUCAAGACAUGUGAACCAUCAGCAGCAGUCUAAUAAAUAUGAUACUGAAGAUGGCACACCGACCAGACCUCGGGACAGUCAGCUGAAGAGAGAGCAUUAUUAUGCUGGAACUGACGGUGCUACCCCCAGAGCUGCCAAGAAGUCAUCAGUCAGCCCAGUUCACCCAAAAACUACAUGUAACACUCAGAAAUGCGUAAAGAGAAAGUAUGUUUUGUACGUGAGAAUCUGUAAAGAUGAUAGUCAAAAGUUCACUUUUAAAUCCGUCGCUCAGAAAGAUGAAUAG